UUUGACGGACGACACUGCCAGAUCGAGAUGAAAAAGUGCCGGGCCUCCUCCAGGAUACUGGUAAUUGGAGCCGGGGUCUCCGGCAUAGCUGCCGCCACCCGGCUUCUGCAGAACAACUUUGGCAACGUGCAGAUCCUCGAGGCGGAGAACCGAAUCGGCGGACGGAUAUACACCGUUCCGUUUGGGGAUAAUGUCAUCGACUUGGGCGCCCAAUGGUGUUACGGACAGCAUCGAAACAGCGUUUACGAGAUGGUAAAGGACACCGAUUUCAUGGACUUUACAGGGGACUUUUUCAGCGGUGUGCGCAUGGUGCGCUCCAACAAGGAGGUGAUUCCCCUCGAACUUGGCCAAAAGCUGUAUGGCAUCGCAGCGAUGAGUAUGCCAAAAGAAUCCACUGCAGUAGAGGAAUCCGUGGGCAGCCACCUGGCUGAGCACUACUGGCAGGAGAUCAAGUCGCAGCUGCCAGAGGUGGAAAGUGCCGUGGCUGCCGAAGCGUUGGAAUUCUUUUCGAGACACGAGAGCUCCAUUUUGGGUUCGGAUAACCUGUUCGACGUAUCCGGCCGCUUGCACUUGGAGCUCGACAAGUGCAGUGGCGAUCAGUUGAUCAACUGGCGCGACAAGGGCUUUGCGGGAUUCCUCCGGCUUCUGAUGAAGGUCAGCGAGGAUGAACCCACGGAGCUGGGGGUACUUGAGGGCUGCGUCCGACUCGGAAAGAAGGCAGUCAAGAUCGAAUUAGUAGAUUCCGACCAAGUGAGAGUGGUUUGCGAGGACGGAGACGUGUUUAACGUGGAUCAUGUCAUCUGCACUGCAUCUUUGGGUGUCCUGCAGGAGCAGCAUGAGCGGCUCUUUAAUCCACCCCUGUCGCCGGCCAAGGUGAAAGCUAUCCAAAGUCUCCAGCUGGGAACCGUGGACAAGUUGUUCCUGGAGUUCAAGGAGCAGCCAUUUCCCGACGAUUUUGUCGGUUUCUUUUGCUUGUGGCGGGAGGAGGAGGUGAAGGAACUCCGCUGCUCGGAGUUUGCCUGGCUGGAGGGCAUAACCGGCAUCCACAAGAUCAAACACCAACCACGCCUGCUGUUGGUCUGGAUUGGCGGUCUGCAUGGUCGCCGCGUGGAGUUACUCACAGAUAAUAUAGUCCUCUCCGGCCUGCAGUGGCUCUUCGGCAAGUUCCUGAGCUUCGAGGUUCCGCCGCCCGAUCGCUUCUUGCGUUCCAAGUGGUUCUCGAAUCCAAACUUCCGAGGUAGCUACAGCUAUCGAACCAUGCGAGCCGACGAACUGGACACUGGGCCAUCGGAUCUGGCGUUGCCGGUUAUGGGGACCACCGGUCAUCCCAGACUGCUCUUUGCGGGUGAAGCCACCAGCCAGAGGCACUUUUCCACGGUUCACGGCGCUACGGAGGCGGGCUUUCGAGAGGCAGAUCGAUUGAUCGAAUACUACAGCUCAUGUGAAUAGAAUCCAUAAAAUGCGGUGUAUUUAAAAUUCAUAAAAUGUUUUAUAUCAAUGGGAAUUUUGAUUUUAAACUUAUCUUUAUCAAUAAAUAUUAGUCACUUUU